AUGGCCUGGGGUAGUCAAUCUUCAACAGGAGCGUCCGCCAUGGAGAACUAUCAGAAGAUCGAAAAAAUCGGUGAAGGAACCUAUGGUGUUGUGUACAAGGCACGCGAGCUGAACCAUCCCAAUCGUAUUGUGGCAUUGAAGAAGAUUCGCCUCGAGGCCGAGGAUGAAGGUGUCCCCAGUACGGCCAUCCGCGAGAUCUCGAUUCUCAAGGAGAUGCAGGAUCCCAACAUUGUGGAGUUGCUGAAUAUCGUUCACGCCGACGGCCACAAGCUUUACCUCGUGUGCGAGUUCCUGGACUUGGAUUUGAAGAAAUAUAUGGAGGCACUUCCAGUGAGCGAAGGUGGCCGCGGCAAAGCCCUUCCUGAUGGUUCCAUGAUGAGCGCCAACCUGGGCCUGGGUGAAGCCAUGGUGAAGAAGUUCAUGGCCCAAUUGGUCGAAGGAAUUCGCUACUGUCACAGCCACCGUAUCUUGCAUCGUGACCUCAAGCCCCAGAACUUGUUGAUCGACCGGCAUGGCAACCUGAAGUUGGCCGAUUUUGGUCUAGCUCGGGCUUUUGGUGUGCCUCUCCGCACCUACACUCACGAGGUUGUCACACUCUGGUAUCGAUCACCGGAAAUUCUUCUUGGAGGACGUCAAUACUCCACCGGCGUUGACAUGUGGUCGGUCGGUGCCAUUUUUGCGGAGAUGUGUACCCGCAAGCCACUCUUCCCCGGUGACUCUGAGAUCGACGAGAUUUUCAAGAUCUUCCGUAUCCUUGGCACUCCCGAUGAAGUCGAAUGGCCCGGUGUCACCUCAUUCCCCGACUACAAGCCCACAUUCCCCAAGUGGAAGCGCCCCGAUACUCCCAUCGUCCCUGGCCUGGAGGAGAACGGUCAAGCCCUUCUAGAGGCGCUUCUCGAAUACGACCCAGCCCACCGAUUGUCUGCCAAGCAAGCCUGCAUGCAUCCUUACUUUAAGAACGGCAGCUCAUACUACUCGGGCCGCUCCGUGGGCACCACUCGCAACGGCUACUCAUGA